AUGACUGGAAGUAUGCAGGCGUUUCGUAAGGUCAUGUCGUUUAGCCGACGCCAGGGUGCACAACAGCUGGUAACGCACUCGCAGCAUGCACGUCUUUCAACUACAAGUGUGCCAACACGUUCAGCUGAAGAAUGGAUGGAAAACAUUAAACUAUCAGCUAAAAAGGACGUGCUAAUCAAGCGCACCAAGUUGGCGUCGUUCCUCAAGACGGUCACGACGAGUGAGCAGUUGGAGGCCUCAAAGGAGAUUAUGAAGAUUUAUGAGAAAAAGCGAGUUGACCCAGACGCCAACGCUGCCGGACUUUUCGUCAAGAAGGCGCUGGAGCUUGACGCGCCCGACGUGGCGUUUGAUGUGCUGGAGGCGAACUACCGCAUUGGUUUGUUCCUGGAGCCAUCCACACUCAACAAACUGCUCUCCAAGUUCUUGAAGAAUAAGGAGUUUGAAAAGGUCUUUACGCUGCACGAGAUCGGUCAUAGCAAGUACCAGGUCAAGAGCACGGAACGCACUUACGACAUUCUCAUUCGGGCGGCAAUUGAACAGGCUGACUAUGAUAAAGCCGUGGCUUUCCUCAAGACAGCUGCGGAAGCGCAAAAGGUUCAGCGUGUGACGUGCAAUAACCUGUUGUUUCAGCUCAAGAACAAUGGAAUGCAGGAUAAGAUUGAGGAGGUGGCGGCGCUCAUGAAGACGGCGGGCGUAGAGCCCAAUGAGACGACAAAAAAGAUCUUGCAAUAA